GCUGCUAAUGAGUUGGAGCUUGGGCGGGUGGGAAGGAAAAACCCCUUCGCGCAGUGCUGAAAGCUUUUGCUCGGCACUCGGUCGCUCCACGCUCUGCUCUCUGGCCUCACCCUCCCCAGACGCUUGGGGCUGCCUUGAUUUCUCCCUCCGCCUGCGGGAAUCCAAGCCCCCGCUUCUCCCCCUCCGCUCCCCGGGCCUGGGUCUUUCUCUCUUCCCCGGGGGGGGCGGCUCUUUAAUUUCUUCACGCCCACCAGCCUGCGCUUCAGCAACGCCGGGACCCUCCCGCGCCCCGGCCCCACGCUUCUCCCACCCCACUCGCCCCGCCGGCCAGGGGAACGCCCGGUCCUUGGAUGUAACCGGCUCGGAGGCCGAGUGAAACCGGAUGGAUUUCGGGAGCGUCAUGAAACAGGCGGCUACCCCGUGUGCGCCUCCCGUCAACUCUGAGCUGCCGUCCAACGGGGAGAGCACCGCCAAGCAUGUAGACGCCACAGAAUCUACAAAAUCCUCCAAAAGUGCCCAGCCCCGACGCAGACCUUCCAGGAGCGUGAGCGUGGCCCAGACCAUGGAGGACAGCUGCGAGCUGGACCUGGUGUACAUCACCGAGCGGAUCAUCGCCGUCUCGUACCCCAGCUCGGCCGAGGAGCAGAACUUCCGCAGCAACCUCAAGGAGGUGGCCCAGAUGCUCAAGUCCAAGCAUGGAGAUAACUACCUGCUUUUCAAUCUGUCCGAGCGCAGACACGACAUCAGCAAGCUGCACUCCAAGGUGCUGGAUUUCGGGUGGCCCGACCUGCACACGCCUGCCCUGGAGAAGAUCUGCAGCAUCUGCAAGGCCAUGGACACGUGGCUGAGCGCCGAGCCCCACAACGUGGUCGUGCUCCACAACAAGGGAAACCGAGGCCGGAUGGGAGUCGUGGUGGCCGCCUACAUGCACUACAGCAACAUUUCAGCCAGCGCGGACCAAGCCCUCGACAGGUUUGCCAUGAAGAGGUUCUACGAGGACAAGGUGCUGCCAGUCGGGCAGCCGUCACAGAAGAGGUAUGUCCAUUACUUCAGCGGCCUGCUGUCCGGCACGAUCAAAAUGAACAACAAGCCCUUGUUCCUGCACCAUGUCAUCAUGCACGGGAUCCCCAACUUCGAGUCCAAAGGCGGUUGCCGGCCCUUCCUGAAGAUCUACCAGGCCAUGCAGCCGGUGUACACGUCCGGGAUCUACAACGUGCAAGGAGACAGCCAGACCAGCAUCUGCAUCACCAUCGAGCCCGGUCUGCUCCUGAAGGGAGAUAUCCUGCUGAAAUGUUACCACAAGAAGUUCCGCAGCCCGACCCGAGACGUCAUUUUCCGGGUGCAGUUCCACACCUGCGCCAUCCAUGACCUCGGCAUUGUGUUUGGGAAGGAGGACCUGGACGAAGCCUUUAAAGACGACCGGUUUCCGGAGUAUGGGAAGGUGGAGUUUGUGUUCUCGUACGGCCCCGAGAAGAUCCAAGGGAUGGAACAUCUGGAGAACGGCCCCAGCGUCUCCGUGGAUUACAACACCUCGGACCCCCUCAUCCGAUGGGACUCCUACGACAAUUUCAACAUCCGCCGAGAGGACAGCAUGGAGGGUACCUGGGCUGGUCCCCACCAGGCCCACAAACCUCCGGACACAGAGCUCGGGCACACCCAGGGGCCGCUGGACGGGAGCCUCUAUGCCAAGGUGAAGAAGAAAGACUCCCUCCACGGCAGCACCGGCGCCGUCAACGCCAGCCGCGCCCCCCUCUCCGCGGCGCCCAACCACCUCGAGCACACGCUCUCCGUUAGCAGCGACUCGGGCAACUCCACCGCUACCGACAAGACUGACGAGCAGGCGGCGCCCAGCGGCGGCCCCCCGGCGCUGACCCCCGAGGAGAAGCGAGAGCUCGAGCACCUCUUGAGCGGCUUCGGCUUGGAGAGCGAAGCCCCCAUGCACAACCGCCACCCUGGGGCGGCGCCGGCCGGCGGCUCCGCCCUCACGGGGCGCCAUGUGGUGCCGGCCCAGGUGCACGUCAACGGGAGCGCCGCCGCCCUGGUGGCCGAGCGGGAGACGGACAUCCUGGACGACGACCUGCCCAACCAGGAUGGGCACAGCGUCGGCAGCCUGGGCACCCUCUCCUCCUGCGACGGCACCACCAACGCCAGCGAGGUCGGCUACCAGGAGGUGCCCCGGAUGGAGAGCCUCUCCUCCCUGCCCAACGGCCCAUCCAGCUUCGACGGCGCAGACAAGCUGCACAAGGAGGGGCUGUAUGACUCGGAGCCGCUGAUCAAUGGGGGGUACCCCUACAACAACCAGAAUACGCUGCGGAGCAUGAUGGGGCGACACCCACAGUCCCCGCUGAGCCAGAUCCGGCCCUCGGUGUCUGCUCAGGAGAAUCUGUCUGACUACCGGCAGCAGCAACCCGGCUUCUCUGAGCCCGGCUGGCUGCUGCCCCGGCCGCCGGCCGCCACGCAGCCCUACCUGUACGGCUUUGACUCCAACGACAUGUACCGCUCUCAGUCCUACCCAGCCGCCGAGCCGGGCCUCCAGCUCCCCCAGGCGCCGGCUCGGAGCACCAGCAGCCGGGAGGCCGUGCAGAGGGGCCUCAACGCCUGGCAGCAGCAGGGCGGCAGCAGCGGCGGGAGCAGGCCCUCCUCCCGCCAGCAAGACGGAGGCCUGGAAAGCCAAAGCCCUAGCGUCUCCAGUUCGAGCCCCCAGCCCAGCCCCUUGCAGGUGGCCCCCCCUCCGAGCCACAGCAUCCCUGAGUUCCCCCAGGUGGCCUCCCCGAAGGAGAUCGAGCAGUCGAUAGAAGCACUGAACAUGCUCAUGCUGGACCUGGACCCGUCCGUCUCGACGAUGCACAAGUCCCAGAGCGUCCCCGUGGCCUCCACAGAGGACCAGCCCGGCCCGGUGGUCUCCUCUCUGUCUGCCCAGCCAGUGUCGGGCCUUCCUAGCCAGGCAGCCCCUCAGGUGACCCAGCCGAGACCCAGCAACGCCUUCGGAGCCAUGUCCCACAACGCCAUGGGCACUGCUGUCACCCAGCCCCCACCGGCUUCUGAACCGCCGGCCAAAGCCUAUCUGCCAGGAUCGCCGGGCCGGGGCGCUGGCGAGCCAGAGUACACGGGGCAGGAUUUUGGGGUGUCCUACUCACCCUACGGCUAUCAGAACCAGCAGCCACCUGUGCCGCAGACAAGGGGCUACAGCCGCCCCCCGGGAAGUCCCCCAGCCUCUCCCAUCCCUCUGGCAACAGCUUACAGCCCUGUGAGGCCUCAGCAGCCCCUGAUCAUGUCGCCCCCAUCCCCCCCAGCGACAGCCCAAGCCCAGAUGCCCCCGAAGGGAGCGGAGCAUCACCACGAGCCUGCCAGACCCUCGGAAGAAGAGCCCUUGAACCUGGAAGGGCUGGUGGCCCACAGAGUAGCAGAGUACAACGCCAAACUCCAGGGCAUCCGGCAGAGCACGAAAGCCCCCCAUCCUCCUCUGCACCGACAAAGAUCCUUCUCCUUCGCUGGGGUGGAGUCACGGGACAAGUCCCCGGAGGAGCCCGGACCGCUGAGCCGAAGACGCACGACCAGCGACGGCCAGUACGAGAACAGUCCCCAGGAGCCCGGCACGCCCCGGAGCCCCACUGCCCGAUCGCCGGUCCACAGCUUCUCGCCAGAGGUGGUCAGCAGCAUCGCCGCCAACCCGGGAGGGAGGCCCAAAGAGCCUCAUCUCCACAGCUACAAGGAAGCCUUUGAAGAGCUGGAGGGGACCUCUCCACCCAGCCCACCCUCCAGCGGUGGUGAGAUCUCUCCCCCAACCCCUGCCUUUCCUGUCUCGCCGCAAACCCCUUAUGGUCACCUGCUGCGCUCCCCACCCGGCCUGGCCAAGACCCCGCUGUCUGCAUUGGGACUGAAGCCCCAUAACCCAUCCGAGAUUCUGCUGCAGACAACGGGAGAGCUAGAUGGGGAGGCAGUAGUUGAAUCUGAUGAAGGGCCCAGGAGCUAUGUGGAGUCGGUGGCCCGGAAGGCGGCGGGGGGUGGCGGGGGGGCGCCCCAGAGCCCCCCAACUCCGCAGGCUUACAGUACUGAGACGCCGAUGAGGAACGGGGCCUUCAUGAACUCCUUCGCCCCCCCGAGCCCCAUCUCCACCAGCAGCCCCAUUCACAGCAUGGACGGGGUGUCGAUCCGCAGCUACCCGUCCGAGAGCAGCGGCCACAGCACUGCCACGCCCCCGCGGCCCUCGGCCGAGUCCAGCUUCCAGGCGCCAUUGGCACACAGCAGCUACCAAAACGCCUCGCCAGCGUCCUUCAGCCAGGGGGGCUAUGCCAGCCCCGAGUACCCCGAUGGCCGAGCCGGCGCGAGGUCGCAGCCCCAGGUCAGCGUGGUGGGUGUUCACGUCCUGCCGGGGAGCCCCCACACCCUUCAAAGGACGGUGGCCACCAACACGCCGCCAAGCCCCGGCUUCGGGCGAAGACCACUCAAUUCCGGCGCGGCGGCCGCUCCCGGGAGCCCCGGCCUGGGCAGGCACAUCAUGUAUGGCUAUUCCACCCCGGAGGAGCAACGUCCCACGCUGUCCCGGCAGAGCAGCGCCUCGGGGUACCAGCCCCCCUCCACCCCGUCGUUCCCCGUCUCCCCGGCCUACUAUCCCGGCCUGAGCAGCCCGCAGUCCUCCUCCCCGGACUCCGCCACCUACCGGCAGGGCAGCCCCACGCCGCAGCCGCUGCUGCCCGAGAAGAGGAGGAUGUCGGCCGGGGAGCGGUCCAACAGCUUGCCUAACUACGCCACGGUGAAUGGCAAGAUGUCCUCACCUGUCUCCAGCGGCAUGUCCAGCCCCAGCAGCGGGAGCAGCGUGGCGUACCCGCACACCCUGCCUGACUUCUCCAAACUCUCGCUGCCAGACAGCAGCCCCGAGACCCGGGCCAAUGUGAAGUUUGUCCAGGACACCUCCAAGUAUUGGUACAAGCCGGAGAUUUCCAGGGAGCAGGCCAUCACACUACUGAAGGACAGGGAGCCCGGAGCCUUCAUCAUCCGAGACAGCCACUCCUUCCGGGGAGCCUACGGGCUGGCCAUGAAAGUAGCCUCUCCGCCUCCCACCAUCCUGCAGCAGAACAAGAAAGGAGAUAUAACCAAUGAGCUGGUGAGGCACUUCCUGAUCGAGACCAGCCCGCGGGGGGUGAAGCUAAAAGGAUGCCCCAACGAGCCCAACUUCGGAUGCCUGUCUGCUCUGGUGUACCAGCACUCCAUCAUCCCACUGGCCUUGCCCUGCAAGCUGGUCAUUCCCGACCGAGAUCCCACGGACAAAACGAAAGAGGCGGCCUCAGCUGCCAACUCAGCGACAGACCUGCUCAAGCAAGGAGCUGCCUGUAACGUGCUCUUCAUCAACUCGGUGGAGAUGGAGUCGCUGACGGGCCCACAGGCCAUCGCCAAAGCCAUCAGCGAGACGCUGGCCCUGGCGCCCACGCCCACCGCCACCAUCGUGCACUUCAAAGUCUCGGCGCAGGGAAUCACCUUGACGGACAACCAGAGAAAAUUGUUCUUCAGACGACAUUAUCCCCUCAGCACCGUCACCUACUGCGACCUGGACCCCCAGGAACGAAAAUGGACUAAAUCAGACGGCGGAGGUCCCGCAAAGCUCUUCGGCUUUGUGGCCAGGAAGCAGGGAAGCACAACGGACAACAUUUGUCACCUCUUCGCCGAGCAGGAUCCUGACCAGCCGGCCGCCGCCAUCGUCAAUUUCGUGUCAAGGGUCAUGCUUGGCUCCGGCCAGAAGAGAUGAACCGCUGGACACGGGUAGUUCUUGCCCUUGAAUUUUGGAGAAGGACUUGGAGUUGAUCCGAGAAGGAGCGCGAGGAAGUGCAUUGUGGGAGAGGGAAGUGAAUCGGGGGGAAACGGUCUGAAUUGCAGAAGAAAAAAACCCUCACCCAAUCGUAAUGUAACAAAACAAAACUAAAGGAAGCGAUGUCAGCGCAUUUCCCGUCGCAGGGAAUGCGACCAGCGCCACCGCCAGGAAUCGGAGGAGUGGAACCGGGUUGGCUUUUGGAUAAGCGUCCCCAUGGGGGGGUUCAGGUGACGAAUUCAUCCCGGGUCAUAGUGGGGACGUUCGCGGCCCUGCUAACCAACAGCUCUGUUUGCAAAUGUCAGUCGUUUGUUUUAAAUAACCGUGGCUAACCGAUCGAACAAAAGGCAGGUCUGCAGGACCCCCCCACUCUCCUCCCCAGGGACUUACCCAUUGGGACAGCUUACCAAGGGCAGUGGUGGGCUUUCUCCAUCACUGGCAAUUUUUAAAUCAAGCUGAGGUGUUUUGCUAAGAGAUCUGCUCUGGUUCGAAGAGGAAUGAAUUCAGGCAGAUCUCUGGCCCGUGUUACGCAGCAGGUCAGACUGGAGCUCAGUGGUCCAUUCUGGCCUUAUGUCCUAUGUGCUAGAGCAGUGGUUUUCUACCAGUGCUCCACAGACCCCGGGGGGUGGGUGGGGGUCUGCAGACUAUGUCUAAGAUUUCCAAAGGGGUCCGCACCUCCAUUUGAAAUUUUUUAGGGGUCCGCAAAUGAAAACCGGUUGAAAACCACUGUGCUCGAGUGAUCAGGCAGGAAAACAAAGGAUGGUCAAUAUCCCUUUUAACCUUCCCUUCUCUGAGGUCUGCAACUCCUGUGUAGAUGACGUGUGUGUGGGAUGUGUCAUACAUGUACAUUCACAGCAGCGGGGUUUAUAUAAAGCCUAUGCCCCCUAGCGACUCCUUUUGGUCUCUGUGCUGCACACCCAGCCCAUCAGGAUUUCCUGGCAGCAGAAGGGAGAGAAUUCAGAUCCUCCUGCUCCAAAAAAGCACAGGACCGUGGCCGCUUGAGCGAAAGGGGACGCGCUGGUUAGCGGUAUGGGAUCUAUGACACAUAGGUGCGCAGUUCUGAUUCCAUCCAGUACCGGGCGGUGGUGACGCAUACACACUAGGCAGUUCUUAUAUACGCACAGAGUUGCAUAGCAGUUUGCCCUUCACUAACUGCACUCAGGACCAUGCUUUCCAAAGAUCAUCUUCACCAGGAAGAUCUUCUGGCCUAUAUACAAUGGGGCCUGCAGUACCAGUCCUUUACCCUGUAUUUUCACCCGCAGACUGUCACGUGUUCUCUUAAAGACGAACAUACCGGAAGCGGACACAAGUCUGGUCGAGCCUGGUCUCUUCUCCUUCUGUAGGCGGUCAAGCGAUUUGUUCAUUGCACGGACAUUUGGUUGCACGAAAGGCAAAUAAGUAUAAAGAAAACUCAGGCAUUUUUGGAGGCCACUAAAAGAAAAGCCCCUGUGGUCUGUGGGUGGCUUUGGUUUGCCUGAUUCUCUCAGCUGAUCCAAAAGCCGAGAGAUCUCACGGCUGGAUUUGGUCCUCCGAUGCUGUGCCCUGUGGAGGCUUGGAGCUCGGAAUGUGUUGUAGUUUAGUAACCACCUAGUAGGCGUAAGCUUUGCUUUGGCUUCAGGAGGCCAUAGGCCCUAGACCUUGCACUGAAAUGCUAACUCACAAGAGCUAUUGACUAGCCUUGCCAAUAUCAGCUCUGUCAGAGGAAGGUGUAAAACCUGCAUCAUUUUAGCUGGCCAACUACACAACCAUUCCCCAGGGAGAAGGCAAAACAUCUCUUAACUGCCUGGACUUUCCUCUGGUGGCUCCUAUCUCACCCGAGCUACACGGAAUCAGAUGUUAACGACAGAUCGCCCCAUGGGGCCCAGUGUGGAGUCAGUGAGAGGACAAGAGCCCUGUAUCUGUGGGUAAUGCAGGAGGCAGGAUAGCAGAUUGGAUGGGCCAACGCGUUCUUCCCGUGUGCUAAAUCUUAUGGGUGUAUUUUUCUUUUUUUUAUGCUUAGUUCAAGCUAGAGCUGAGACCCAAGCUAUGAACAGCCCCCCCCCCCCCGCUCCCCCCCUCCAAAGCCCAAACACUCCCCAGCUCUGGGGGCAUUCCAAACCCAGAUCUCCAUGGAGCUUGCGCCCAGCUCUGGGGAACCCUACACAUUUGCAUUGACAACCAAUCUCCCAAGCAUCUUUCUGGGGCUUUUGGAACAUGCAGUAACCAGCCUGACUUGUUCAGAUAUGGUCAGCGGUGUUAGGGGCUGGGGGAAGCAGGAGAGAUGGGCCUUUCCUGUUUGUGCUACAUUUCAGUGCAAGGUUGUGUGAUACAGGCUGUUAAUAAAACCAAAAACCACCCAAGAUCUAGAAACCAGCUAAAAUAUUGCAACCACCUGGAUUCCCCCAGAGCACUCUGCUCUCUCAUACAGAGGCAGUGUCCUGAUAUAUAUAAUAUAUAUAUGAAAUAUACUGAAAAAUACUGUAAGCUAAUCAAAUUUUUAAAAAGGGUUAAAUUUACACAAAAAUAUUUAUUUUUUGCCAUAAUGCUUUAUGUGUAUCUUAUCUCCUCCAUUAUAUACGGCCCCCACCCUGUCCCCAUAUAGACUCUUGUACGUAUAACUCACAGUAGAGUGUAACAGACAAACGUGGUUUAUUUCGGUUAUACUAGCGACAUGGGCAAGAGAGCGCAGUGCCCCUUUAGACCCCGCCCCCCCAAGAAGCAACGCGUAUGAUUGGUCCCCCACCUCUAACCCCCACCCCCUUUCCCUGUUGAACAUGGAAAUUUGCUAGCACCUGGAGCAAAUUAGCGUGUGAGUUUGAAACCGUUGCCAAGUGACACGAGGGUUGGCGGCGUGCGCGGAUGUGUGUGAGUGAGUGUGUGUGAGGGCCACAGCUGCGUGAGCAUGCGGAGAGCUCUUUCGUUUCUGGAUACCGGAUGAGGGUUAGAUUUGCGUCAGGGAGGUGUUGGGAGACUGGUACUGGGAUGGGGUGGGAGUGGUCAGGGCCCUUUGUUCCAGCCCACCCCGUUGUAUAGGACGUCGAGCUAUUUUUAUUUUAAGUUGUUGACAAGAAAUGCCCUCCUUCUGCAAAAUUCAAGCAAGAGGAACCCCUCACUUGUAACCUUCUCACCCUGCCAUUAACCGAUUAGACGAACACUGUGUUUAUAGAUAUUUAAAUAUAUAAAGGUAUAUUUUUUGAAAGUCUCUAUUUUUCAGACUUCAGUUUUCUCACAGCUAAAGCUAAUUUUAUUAUUUUUGUUUUAAUCUGCUGUCCUGCCCCGGGAAUUGGGGCCUGAGCCUUAAAGGCGUAUUUUCCCCCCAUAAAAUGAACCCAUAUUAAGGCAUCGAGCAAUCUCGUCUAUAAAACGAUCACAGCAGAUCCCUGAUAAUGACAGAACACUUGCUUCCAGCUGUGGCCGGCAACGGCUCACUACUAACUCACGAGCUGAAAGAUGGAAGGUUUAGACCUUGUCAGAUGCUCUAAUGCUAAAAUCACCAUUGAUUAUAAGUUUAACUCAAAGCUAAUCAUCUUGCAAAUGACAUAGGCAGGUGUUUUCCAGCUUCCAUUUAAGACCUUUUUUUAAAAAAAACAGUUGCAUUUUAUGGGUAACUUCUUUCUGUCAUCCCUGAUUUCCCAAGCCAGACCAUCAGCUUGUGAAAAUCCACUGAUCUCUGUGAAGCUACUAAGCCAGGCAAAAACCUGGCUUCACCGGCCAAGGUUUAUAUUUUUCUUUCCUAAAGGGUCCGAGACGAUUCUUUGUGUUUUAAAAAUGCAGUCACAGUAUUUGAGCUUGAUGCUGAUGCAAUUUAGCCCAGCGGAUGUAUCCUAAUAAUCACACUGCGGUUUUUUUCAGCAGCGGAUGUUAUAUCUCCCCCACACACGCAGACACUCACACCUUCUCCAUGCACAAGGAACUGCAUAUAUUCUUGCCAAAGAUAUCCUUUAAAAUGCACUUUCCCCAGCCGGUUUUAUUUUGUUUUGUAAAUUGAUUGUAUGUGCUCUUUCCCCCUCCCUGCCAAGAACCCCUUUGCUGUCGAUUUUGUUGUGUGUAUUAGUAAACUCUGAUUCCCGGAGCGCCCGGCUGAUGUUAAUUUUAUGUAACUCUAUAUUCCAAUAGAGUCGGAGAUUCUUAAAAUAGUUGACACAAGAUAUCCUGAUUUCUUUAGCCGCAGACUGAGUGAUGACAGCAACAGGUCAGUCAAUUCUCGUCACCCCUCUCCUGGCCUUCCCUUCUCAAACCCCUUCGUAAAAGAACCCCGGAGACCAAGCAACAUGCUGUAGUUGCUUGUGUCUGGUGGCAUUUCAAACAAACUGCUAUUUAUGUCUCCUCCAUAUCUUACUGCUCAAGAAACUCCCUCCCCACCUCCCCCAGAAAGGGAUAUUGGAAUGUCUUUGGGCUUCUGAUCCAACGGGUGUCUUCCCAUUGACUUAUGAGCUUUGACUCAGAAUCUGAAAUCUACAAACAUCCACUAAGCGCAUUGUCAUCCUUCAGUCCGAAUGUCCUUUCAUGGGAUCGGAUCCAAAUUGUGCCUAGCUCCCUAUUUACCAACUGGCUAACCAGCAACGCCCCAAACUUCAGACAAUUUUGGCUCUACAUCCAAGGUGUGUCAUUGGCCAUCAUCGCAUUGAUCAGUACACUGGCAUUGAAUAACCCAGAAUCAAAACACUGGCUCUAGGCUUUGGGGUCUCUCCUGGAGCUCUUGUGAAGUUUGAUAUAAAAACAGAAUCGGUUUAAGACCGCGUCCAUUCCUGGAACUGAACCGGUUCUGAGUUUCAAUAAACGCAGAACCUUCCCCACUGCAUCCAUGCCCUCUUCUCCCGUUUCCAUGCGGCCCUCUUUCCUAGCUGUGCUGGGAUUGGAGCUGCUGGCAGAAAAGCUCUUCUCACUGCAGAACCCAGCACGUUCUUGUGAGGUUUCCAAGUCCAGUUUUUCAGCGUAACGAGGCUUGGGUGAAGAAAUUGAACUGUUGGGAGCUUAUCGGAACCAAACCAGUUUAGAGAUUUGCCCUGCACUGGUUAAUGUCUUUCCACUCUGUUCCUUCCCCGCACCCAACUCUGGUAAUGCAAACAGGAACUACACACAUACAACAAGACAAGUCAACAUAACACAAGCCUCCCGCCCUCCCGCCAUUCAUCCACAUAAUGGGGCUACAUUUGACACUGACUCCUCCCCUCCCCCCGUACAAAUGAGCUGCCCCAAACUAGAGGUCAGAGCAGUCCAUUUGAAUCCUGAGUCACCUGAAUCGGUAUGCCUUUGUUUUCCCGUCUACAAUAUGGACAUAACACCUUCCCCCAUACCGGGAUUUGGGGCUGAUCCUGAUCACACUGGUGCAGAUCCUAAAUCCUUGAGGUUAAUGUUUGUAAAGCACGCGGCGUGCCGCCUUUAAAAGGCGCUGCAGGUGUGUAAAGUAUUAUUUAAACAAACCCUCCGUCUCAUCAAUAAUCAAAAACCUGCUAAUCAAACCGACAGGAAAAUCGUGCAGCAAAGUGGGCUGGUAUUUUUUGUUUUCCAAACUCGAUGGUUGUUUUUUUCGUUCGUUUUUAAAAAAUCACUCUUUUUUCCAAUAUUUCAUUUGCUGUUGUGUUGCUACCAUUGUCGAUUUGGGAAUGUUACACAUGUAUUUGCUAAUCAGUGUUAACGAACAGUUUCAAAUAACUUGCCUUCAGUUUGCAUCGUGUCAGGUUUUUAAAAAAAACGUAAGAAACACAAAGGAGGAAAAGGAGAAUUUCCCAUUUUGGUGUAUUUAUAGCGAUGGAAAUAUACUUUAUGUUUUUCAUCUUUGUGCCCAUAACUUUGUCACUUGUAUAAAGGCGACCUAUGUUACUCAUUGUCCAUGUGUGAAUGUGCACUACACCCCUCCCCUCGCCUUUGUUCCUCUCCUUUGUACAGAGGGCUGAUUCUUUGCAGUUCAUUGUAUGGCUUUAUAAGCGAUAAAAGAAUCAAUUAUAUGUAAUAUACUGUUGCUUGGAAUGCCAGCUCAGUGUCUGGAUCGCUGGACUUGUAUCUCAAAAUUUAAGGGCGUGCGGGAAUAAAUGCUCUGUUCUUUUUGCACAGGGAAAUCUA